AUGAUUGCAGCCAUGCCCCGGGCGCUGAUCCGGCUUCUACUGGGGGUUGCUGUGCAGGCACAUGCGAAGCAGAUUCUGGUGACGGGUGGUGUGAUGAGAAGUCAUCAUCUGGCAGUCGUGCCAGUAGUGCAAGGCUUGCUGGAACGAGGCCACAACGUGACCAUGGUCCUGCCCAACACGACCGAGGCACGCCAGUGGUUUCCCAGCGGCAUCGGUGCGGCGCACCUGGCAUACAUUGGAGAUGAAGAUGCAUCAUUUGCAAACAUCAAGGUUCCAGACAUGAAGAACCUGGGAUGGUACGAGGGCAUGCUCGCGUGGGCCAAGAUGAUUUGGAACUACCGGGCCAUGAUUGACAAGCCCUUCUUCUCGGUGCUCGAGGACUUUGAAGCCAUCCUUGCGCAGAACAGGUUCGAUGCCGCUUUCUCCUCCGCGAUCUCCAUGGGCUGCAACGCCGCGUUGAAGAGAUCUACUCUUCCCUGGGUGGGCUUCAUCAGCAUCCCCCCGUAUCCGGAGUAUGUUCUGUCCGACCCAGAGCAGGUGUGCAAGUACCCCAACCUUUUGAACCCAAGGUCGGUGCCCGAGCUUAAAGGAUCUCUGCUCAAGCGCGUUCAGAAUCGCGUGGAGUGCAUGAUGCUCCAGUCUUACAUCAACUUUGGAUUCUCUGUCAUGAACUCAGUACUCCAAGACAGAGGCUUUGAGCCGGCGUCGGACUACUCACAGAUCCUACUUGGGGCGCGGACCAACAUCAUGCUGGGUGGCCCACCUCUCACUCUUCCCCUUAAGUUGCCCAGCUCGAUCCACGUGGUUGGAACCAUAGACAGGCCAAAGCCGCGAGCCUUGCCAACAGAGCUGGGGCGCUGGCUGGAUGAUGCAGGAGCAGCCCCGGUGAUCUACGUGUCCAUGGGCACCAAGUAUGAGCUGAGCAACUCCAGUGGGUCCAACCUGAUCUCAGGGCUCAACAGGCUGAUGUCAGGAGGCUUUCGCAUCCUAUGGUCCCUGCGGGCGUCUCAGCAAGAGGCCUUGAAGCACUUGCUUCCAAGUGCUGGCCGUCAGCUGCAGAUUGAGGAGUUCACGCCUCAGCCAGAGGUGCUUGGCCACCCAUCAGUCAAGGCCUUUCUGUCACAUUGCGGGUGGGGCGGGGUGACGGACACACUGGCCGCAGGCGUGCCUGUUCUGGCGUACCCAUCCUUUUCCGAUCAGAGAGGGAAUGCCCAGAGACUCGUGGAGGUGGGGGCUGCGGUGCUCGUGCGACCCGACUUCGCGAAUUUAGUCGAGGCAGCCGAGGCUGUACUCCACAAUUCAGCCUUUGCCGAGGCCACGCGCGCGGCUGCAGCAGACUUGCAAAGCUUUGGGGGUCUCGGCCGCGCCCUGGACCUCAUCGAAGAAGCAGCUGAGGGUCGCUUUCCGGAGCCCUUGCCGUACGUUCAGGAGAAGAUGGGCCAGGUGGACCCAUUGUUUGUGCGGGAUCACAGUGUGGAGAAGGCGCUGAGCAUGUCGUUCCUGCUGCUGGUGAUCAUCACCCUUCUGCUGCUGACUUGGUGCUGCUGCUGCUGCUGCUGCAGAUGCUGCUGCAGCUCCAAGCCUAGAGCUGGUGAAGAGAAGAAGGACCAGUGA